CUUGGGAGUUCAAUGGGAAACCUAUUACGUCAACCGCUGCAGGUAAAAGACAAGGAAGAACCAAAGUAGUGACAUCAGGUAUUUCUCUUGUUGCCCAACCAGAAAUGGAUGGAGGGAUCAUUUCUUGCCACUAUAAGAUAAUGACGUCAUCUGAGGAUGUUAUAAUGGCAGAUAGAUGUCGCCGUUAUAUUGUCGUACAAUAUGCGGCACGAAAGCCCUCUAUAAUGAUAGGCGCAGAUGACGUAACUGACCGUAUGAUAUCAUACUAUAAAAACGAACAUGUAACACUGAAUUGUGCAUCAAAAGGUAAUCCAGCACCUAGAUACACUUGGACCUACAAAACACUGCCAAGUUGCCACGAUUCAGAAUCAACUGAAGAGCCCGUGGCAAAAACCUUGAAGUCAAAUCUCGGGGUGUUAGACCUAGGAGGGGUUACAGGGAAUUGCUAUUAUACAGG